AUGGUGACGCGCAUCUUCCGACCGAUCGCUUCAACGAAGACCCCUUUAAAAGGACGACCACUCAAAGGACGACGUAUUGACUGCACUACAGAGGUAGACGCAAAGGGCGUGUUGUGCAAGGAUUGGGCUCAAAGUGGUUUGUGCCACGCUCAUCGCCCCACAAUGUUCCUGUUCUGUCGCAAGACCUGUCUUUGUGGCCAUAUUUUAUCAUUCAAUUGA